GUUUCAGUCUCUGACGUCACAGUCAGGGAUAGGCUGGUCACGUGGUGUGAAUUUCCAGACCGCUGGCUUCAGGAGAAAAAAUGAACAGAGGCGUAGCUAAACAAUUUGGCUUGAGAAAGGAAAGGUCACUGCGUUAAUGAAUGGCCAGGCAAGGUAUGCCCAAUGAACUGCAAGCCAAUGUAAAUUCUGCUUAACUAAGGAAAAAGAGGUCAAUAACCUAUGUCUUUAAACUCUUGCCACUGAAAUAGCUAAACUAAAGACUCCUCAGAUCUGACAUAACUUGUAUGGGCUUGUUCUAUCCGCUGUCUUGGCAGAUUAACAUUUUUCUAGAUUCUGCCUACCUAGAAGAACUUUGGGUUGUGGCAUUUUCCUCUGUAAGCUUGGAAUCAACAGCUUGUUUCUCUGUGAGAGACCUGUGGGGUUUGGUUACAGUAGUAUCAAAGAUCUCUUCGUGUUACAGACCUUGACAGCCUGUCCUGGAGAGCAACUGUGUCUGGUAUAGGCCUAUUGUCUUACAGCUGGUCCUCAGAUCUCAUUCCUUUACAUUCAUCACAUUCUGUAUAGAUUAACUUAAAAAUAUAUGAGGUUUAUUUCAUUUGGUGUGUUUUUUUUUCUAACUAGAUUCUCUUAUGCUGCCUUCAUGUGGUGUCAGAACAUUUAUAAUAUUAUGAACUUCUGAAUGGGGAAGUCCUGAUAAAUACAAACAUGAAGUACCUUUUCAAAAUGAUUUUUUAACUUCCUAUCAGUUAAACACUGAACAAAUGAUCAUGUUUUGGCAAAUGGAAAAUAGAAGCUCCUGAGGAGCAUGUGAAGGCAGUAUUGGGCUCCAUCGCUUUCAAAACAUCCUGGUAUCAUGGGCUGGAUUUAUUGCUAACUAAUCCAAUGAUCUCUUCCAUGGUGAACUUUGUUUUCUCAGUAUGUCUCUGCUUGCUUCCUUAUGGUGUCUAAAGCUUGUUGACUGCCUAUCUUUACUAAGGCUUUGGAAAUUUUGGAAAAAUAAUGUUGUAAUACAACACAGUGCAAUAUUGACACUUUUGUACACUUUCACAGGGCUUAAAAUAUGUACUGAUUUGCGCUGCAGAUGUGCUAUUUUAUAAAAACGGUUUUUAAAAGGCAAAUAUUUUCCCUGUUGUAAAAGUAAUGAGUGACUAUUGUGUCAUUUUAUUCUGAUUUCACGUCUGUCCAGGGCAAACUCUAUUCCCCAUGUCCUCAGGAAGGGGCUCUCCCGGGCGCUUUGAGCGUGACGGAAACGCAGCCUACUAUGAUGAAGUGCCUCCAGGCUCCUUACACAGGAUUGAGGGCCUCAAUGGUUUAAGGCUUCAGAGAUCAUCAGACCUGGCUCUGAGCUCAAACCCUCUUCCACCUCCUCCUCUACCAGACCAGCCUCCUAUUGGGCCUGAGUUUGACCCAAGUGAGAGUGAAGACAACGAGGAACCAGCCGUUGACAUCAAACCUGUCCAUCGGUUCAUCCCAGACUCCUGGAAGAACUUCUUUCGUGGAAGCAACAGGAGCAGCAAGAGUUCAAUGCCUGCAUCCAAUAAUUACAACACCACCACUGAGGGUGUCCGGUGCUCUCCUCCUCACUCACCCUCUGUCCCAGGCUCAUACAGAGAUCAGUAUGGGGGCUCUGGUGGCAGCUAUAACUCUCGCAAGGAACGAGAGGCUAUGCUAUUAGGAGACCAUAUAGACUCAGUAGAUGGUCGCACUGCACACACUGCUAUGACCUAUAGUGAGAGAGUUGAGGAAUACCACCAGCGUUACGCUUACAUGAAGUCUUGGGCAGGACUCCUGAGGAUUCUCGGUUGUGUUGAGCUGCUGUUAGGGGCAGCAGUUUUUGCCUGUGUGUGUGCAUACAUUCACAAAGACAAUGAGUGGUAUAACAUGUUCGGAUACUCGCAGCCACAGAUGUAUGGUGGAUAUGGUGGUGUUUAUGGCUAUGGAGACACUUAUUACACUGGGCCAAAGACACCAUUUGUUCUUGUUGUGGCUGGUCUGGCAUGGAUAGUGACUGUUAUCAUGCUAGUUCUAGGCAUGACCAUGUACUAUCGUGAAAUUCUUUUAGACUCAAAUUGGUGGCCUUUAACUGAAUUUACAAUCAACCUAGUUCUUGCUGUACUUUACAUGGCUGCUGGCAUUGUGUAUGUAAGAGACACAACACGUGGCGGACUUUGCUAUUACCCUGUCUUCAGUAAUGGCAUCAAUGCAGCUUUCUGUCGCACUGAGGCAGGGCAGACAGCAGCUAUCAUUUUCCUUUUUGUGGCUAUGCUGGUGUACCUGAUAGGAGCUAUUGUGUGCCUAAAGCUGUGGAGGCAUGAGGCUGCACGGCGCUACAGAGAGAAAUAUGGCCAUGAGAUGCAGCCAUCAGACUUAACAGCAAUUCAGUAUUCGACAGUGGUUGGACCUAGGGCUCCUGAGCCAGUGGUCAUCUCCUCUGCAGCACCAGCUGAGAAUGCACAUUCAGCAGGCCCCACAUCUUCCAAGCCCAAACUGGUUAAAGGGCCUAUUCCAUCCGGAUACAUUCCUAAACCUGUGAUUGUGCCAGAUUACCUAUCUAAAUACCCAGCCAUUCGAACAGAUGAAGAGCGGGACCAGUAUAAGGCUGUUUUUAAUGAUCAGUACUCUGAAUAUAAAGAACUGCAUUCAGAAGUUAGUGCAGUGCUGAAAAAGUUUGAUGAAAUGGAUAGCAUGAUGCGCCAGUUACCUCAACAUCCCUCUAAUCAGAUGGAAACUGACCGCAUAAACCGGAUACUUCAGGAUUACAAGCGUAAGAAAAACGAUCCUUCAUUUCAGGAGAAAAAGGAGAGAUGUGAUUACCUGAAAAGCAAACUUGCUCACAUCAAGCACCGAAUUCAAGAGUAUGACAAGGUUAUGACAUGGAACGAUGGCUAUGGUUGAAAUAGUUCUUGAGCUGAACACAGUAGUCUGUGCAGUAGUCCUUUAUUUUCAUUUCUGUCUGGAACAUCUCAUUAUACUGUGUGUGCAGCUACAAACAUGUCAGAUGAUGUGCAUCAAAGACUUUAGAGAAGAGAAGCAUGACCAAUAAUUUUACAAAUUUAUCCCAAUAUGCACAAGAUUGGGGUACUGACUGAAGAAUGGAAAAGUUCCCUUUUCAAUCUUGUAAUGGCAUAUUGAUCGUGCUGCCUAUUUUUAUGUUAAUUUAAUGCUGUGGUUGAUUAUGUUCAACUUAUGCACUUGCUACUGUUCAUUUUUAAAACCACUUUUAAAACUGUGAUUUUCCAUCAUGUAUUUCAUUGCUUCAUCCCAGAAAUGUAUCAUGCUUAGGUUAGCAAUGAGAACUAAGCUGCACUUUGAUUAAAACUGUAAGAUUUGACAUUUGUCCUCAUAUUUACAGCUGUCUCAUUUUUAUAUGGUAUGUAGACAGAGUGAAUAUUUAAAAAUGGCCCUCCCCAAAUUCUUGUUUAAAAAAAAUCUGCUAAGCAAACAGUGUUAUAUGUUUCCUCAUGUGUUUUGUGAAUUAAAUAAAUCAUACUUGGGCAUUUG